AUGAACGCAGAGGAGUUGGCCGCAGCAGAAGCUUUUGCGUCCAGCGUUCUGAUCGAACCAACCUCUCCAAAGGCCAACAUGAGCAACCAGGAUGGCACUGGUGGUUCCGCUGAAGCUACUCCAACAAAUGGUCUCGAGGAAAUGAAAGCUUUCCUCGCGAAAGCCCUGGCUGAGUCACAAGAAACUAUGCUGGCAAGGAUGAAGGAGGAGCUGUCUGCUUCCGUCUCAGCUUCUGUGCAUGACGCUGUGUCAUCUAGCUCUGGCCUCACAGGAAUCAAGAGACGUGCUGAUGCAAUCAAGAAUGAAGGCAUUAAGAAGCAGUUCGUCCCGAUGGAGGAGUCCCUUCUCAGAAUGCAGGCUGUUCAGCAACCACUCCAAGCCUUAGCCAAUGGCGAGAUUGACUCCAUUUCUCAGGAUGACGCGGCGAAGAUGACCGAGUACUUGGACGAAGGUAUUGACAUUGCUUCGAAACGCUUGCAGCACCUGGAAAUUGCAGAGACUCAGGGUUGGCCUGUUGCAAAGAAGAUGGAAGAAGGCCUCAUGGUCCUGCAUCUUGAUGAAGAGUCUCAGAAACGUCUCAAGAAGGCCAAGAAAGAGGUCAAGGAAGAAGAGAAGGAGAAAGAGAGCAAGAAGGCGAAGAAGACUGUGAAGCAGGCCCCUCCUGAUCCUACUGCUGUUCAUGAGUCUCUGGACCUGCUGUCCGAGCUCACUGAUUCUGCCGAGUUCGAAGGCCCUAGGCCAUCUGCUUCCUCCAAGCCUGCUGCUGCUGCGCCUGCUGACAAGUCCAAGUCUGAACCUUGGCUACGUAAUCGUCUUCGCGAUCAGGCCAACUUCUGGAAGACUUUCUGCACGUCUGUCUUCGUCAUCUCGCUCAUCACGACUGGGUACCAGCUCCCCUGGGCCAAUGGUUCUCCUCCUGGCCCUUAUGCUCAGUCGAAUCACCCUUCUGCCUCCCAAUUUCCUCAAUUCGUCUCGGAUGCUGUAGCGUCUCUGAUUGCGACUGGUGCUGCUAUGGAGGUCUCUCAAAAACCUUUCAUAGUCAGUCCUCUAGGGGUAGUCCCAAAGGGUCUAGACAAACUACGUCUCAUUUUAGACUUGCGUUACGUCAAUAGCUUUCUGAAAGUCGACAAGUUCAAGUACGAAUCCAUCAAGGAGGUCUCGAAUCUUUGCAAGCUUGGAGAUUUUCUCUUUACAGUCGACCUUAAGUCUGGAUACCACCACGUAGAUAUCCACCCAGAGUUUUGGCAGUUCCUAGGGUUCGAGUGGCAAGGCAAGUACUACGUGUUUUGCCAGCUUCCAUUUGGUUUAGCCACCGCGUGCUACGUCUUUACAAAGCUGAUCAAGCAAUUAGUUCAGCGUUGGCGCAAGCUUGGGAUCCGGCUCAUUCCUUACAUUGACGACUUCUUCUUCGCAGCCAGCUCAGCUCAGGAGUUUACCUCUGUCCAAGCUCAGGUUCUAGCUGAUUUUGCAAAAGCAGGUUUCGUGUUGUCGAAAGAGAAGUGUCAGUUGCAGAGGUCUCACGUAGUCAAGUUUUUGGGCUUCGUAGUAGACACGCUUCACGGCAAAUUCCAUCUGUCUGCAACUGCCAAGGCUAAGCUCGCUUCAGCAAUUUCUAGUUGCCUCGCCUCUUCUCGCAUCCCAGCUAAAGUUCUAGCUAGAGUGACUGGUUUAGUCGUUUCUAUGAGCUUCGUCACAGGACCAGUUGCCGGUCUUUUCACUAGGUUCUUGCACAGAGCGCUCGAUUCUCGGUCUUCUUGGCGUAGCUUCAUUACGUUAGACGACGAUGCCCGGUUUGAGCUUCAGUUCUGGCAGCACUCUCUUUCGGACUUCUCGUCUCGACCGAUCUGGAGGCCCUCUUCUUUGGUCCACAUCCUGCAGUACGAUGCUGGGGGUGACGGCUGGGGCGGUCAUCUCACCCUUAACGCCGUUCAUCACCAGGCUCACGGAUUCUGGGCCCCUAGCGAAGUCCACGGCCAGAAGUCAUCCACGUGGCGUGAACUCGAGGGCCUCUUUCGCUUGCUUCAGUCGGUUGGCCAUCUUUUGAAGGGGCAUCGUGUGACUGCUCGGGGAGAUGCCCUGAACGUUUUCUGGCUGCUGACAAAGGGUGGCUCGCGUGCUCCUCAUUUGCAUCAAAUCUGCCUCAGGAUCUUUCGCCUCUGUCGCACUCUUCAGAUAGAGCUCAGCCCUGAGUGGGUACCCCGCGAGCAGAAUCAGUUGGCAGACAAGCUUUCGAAGCUCGUGGACGUCGACGAUUUUGGUCUGCAGCCUGCAGUCUUUGAGAGCAUUAGAGCAGAAUUCGGCCCACUGCACGUGGACCGAUUCGCGAGCGAGCACAAUGCACUCUUACCCGAGUAUUUCUCUGAGCUUUGGUCGCCGGCCUCAGCAGAGAUCUUUUUGCACGGGGACUGGAACCCCGAGUGCGCUGGUCUUCCGACCUCCGAUUCUCAGAUCACGGGCCUCCUUUCCGAACUCCGUUCGCUUGCCAGUUCCGCUCGCGCGAGCGGAUCAUUCCGCUCAUACGCGGGUCCCUGGAAACAUUUUAAGAACUGGUGUCUCUCGAAAGGCGUCCCUUGUCUCCCUGCUGCUCCUCUCACGGUCGCCCUUUAUCUCACACUCCUACUCCGUUCUGCGAAGUCCCCCAGUCCAAUCCUCACGUGUUCAGCGGCGAUCUAUUUACACCACUCUCUCGCCGGACUUCCGUCUCCCACUCAGCACUCUUUAGUGGCGAUGGUUCGAGAGGUCGCCAAGCGUACACGUCUGUCAGGGCAGAACGUCAAGUCCCCUCUUCUGGCUUCUCACGUUCGGCGUCUGUUCGACCUUUGGCGCUGGUCCCCAGGAGCGAAUCUCCACACAGUCAUGAAGCUGACUGCUGUUACUCUUUGUUUCACGGGGUUCUUGCGCUGCUCGGACCUGCUCACAGUUCAAUGGGAGGAGAUUCGUUUUCUCCCGUCCCACAUGGAGUUGUUCAUCGAAAAGUCUAAAACGGACCAGUAUCGCGUCGGUCACUGGCUUCUGAUUGCUCGGGUGUCUGGUCAGUACUGCCCGGUGAGCCUCACCGAGCACUUGAUCCAGAGAGGCGAGUACUCCCGGUCGGGCUCCGGCGGGCUUAUUCGUAAUUGUACAAUUACCCCUCUCCAGCAGUACAUACGCAGGGAGCAGCCCUGCUACUCGACGGUGCUGAGCUGGUUCAAAGACGGAGUGCGGAGCAUUGGCCUGGACCCGGCGAAGUACGGAACCCAUUCCGGGCGUCGGGGCGGGGCUUCCCGGGCUGCGAACGUUGACGUGCCUGAUCGCCUCUUCAAGCAGCACGGCCGGUGGCGGAGCGAACGAGCAAAGGACAGCUACGUCGUCGCCAAACUACAGGCGCGUCUUUCAGUUACGGCUAACCUUGGGUUACAGCCUGACGUGUCUUUAGCUGACGUGUGCGAGUUCGAGCAGGCGGCAGGACUCGCUUAG